GGAAUAUUUUGACGUAAAAUCGGUAUUUCGGUAUUUCGCCUUCGCUUACGCAUAAAAAUCGGAUAUCUAAUGACGUUACGAUGCGCGUCGUCACGCUAUUUCUAUUUGUACUAAACUCUAACGGAAACUGGAAACCUUCUGUGUUUCUCUGGUUUGUUUCUUCGUGGUCGAUUACUGGGGGGAAAAGAAAGAAAGAAAAAGUCGCCCUGUGAAAAUGUCCACAUGGAAACCGUGAAUGCUUUCGGGCUUUGGCUGAGGGAUGUCCUGAGGGACGUGAUUUAUUUUAUUUUUCAUUUCAUUUCCAAAAUAACAUGCCCUGAAUUCUUUUUACAUUCGUACUCCAAGUUCUGCUCACUGACCGUUAACUUUGACGGAUCUAAAUACGGCUCGCAUUCCUGCGUGCGCGCUGUGUCCGGUGAAAAACGCAGGGUUUCUAAACUACAGGUUACUGUUGGAAAACUGCAGCUCAGCUCUUACGGCUCGGCGUACUUCAUCUACCGAUCGAAUACCGAUCUCGGGAUGCCGCCUGACCGACGGGUUGCUCCACCGCUGGCUCCAGAGGCAGGUUUUGGGAUUGUUUUUGGCCGCGUUAGUUACAGGAAACCAAUAAGGACGCCGAUAGACGUGAAGCGAUGUGAGAUUUGAUCAGUUUCGUGCAAAUCUUUUUGACACUGUUCUCUUCAUCGCGUUUGAUUCGUCAUCAGUCUGGAUCGUGGUCUUCGUUCUAGUCACAAAAUCGUAGUGUUUGAUUUGAUUUUGGGAACGGUGAUUGAUCUCUUCCGGUGGUUUAUGGCGCUUUCGUGCCUGGCGUUAGUCCGUUUGUUCUAGUUCUCACUCUGAGCCUUCGAGACUGAUCUCAGCCUCAACCCUGCUGGGGAAAAAAAAACCCAAUAGAAACCGUCACAGAAGUUCUAAUGGUUUCCACUACAAAUACCAUUAUAAACCAUUACAGUUGUUGGUCCUUAAUGGUAUCCACUAGACAUGCCAACAAUAGAAGGCAACAAAUUACCAGUAGAGAUGUGCAGGGACCAUUACGGUUUCCAUUAAAGCCAAUACAAUUCCCAUUAUAACCAUUAAAAUCAUUCCAGUUUUUAUGAGGGGUUCUAUUGUUUGUUUUGUUGUUGUUGUUGUUGUUUAUUUUAUCAGGGAAUCAGAUCUUCAGUUUCGGCGUUCCUCUGAUUGUUCGUCUCCUUAUUUCAAAAUUUCGAAACGAGCGCCAUUUUUCUAGAUCUUACGCUCAGUCCGGAUCUCAGUCUGGAUCUCUGUUUUAGUCUCGAAUCUAGAACUUUCCUACGCGAUGGGCUCUCCGAGUUUUUUAGUGCGUACGAGUUCCCGUCGCAAUGGCUUAGUGGUUACAGGUGCAGAUUACCCAUAAUGCACUUUGGUGUUUAUGGAGCAGAGAGUGUAGGACACCAUUGCAGACCCAAGGCCGGUCGGUUCUGUUUAUUCCUACACCUGGAUGAACUCUUGAACCUCGGCAUGUAUUGUUUUGGACAUGAGUCAACAAGAUGUGUCCAUUCUUGCCCUGAGGAAGUUCGGUCCAGAUGUUUUCAGUGAUGAGGUUCGUUAGCGUGGUUGUUAAUAUGUCUUGAUACAUCUGUAAUUGUGUAAUAGAGAGACAGGAAGUAGGAGACUGAAAUAACUUUCCUGGCACCACCUCCACCUCUGCUUGCUGCCCACUUGGGGAUUCUUUUCUUUCUCUGAUUUUCACAGGAUAUUAAGACACAGCUCUUUUGAGUUUUGGGCUCCGGUCCCAAACCGUUCGAGCACCACUGCCUUUUUUUCGCUGCAUAGUCAGCGUGAGGCGUAAGGAAGCGUUCUGUUUUUUUCCGGCGCUGCUUUCGCUCCUCUGUCCUGCUCCGAUUCCUCGUGGUUUGUUUGUUUCACUCGUUUUUUCUCCCUUUCUUGCCUGGUUUCCUCUUCAGACCCUCGACGCUGUUGUUAAGCGCUGACUUUCUUUAUUCUUCAUCUUGUUUUUCAUUGCACACGGGGCUUUUUUUGUCUUUCUCUGUAAUCCAGGCGGAGACGGCGUUUCACCACAGGCUGAAUUAUGAACCCUUGGGGUUUUUUUUUUUUUUUGCCAACCUCAAACACUCCGACACUGUAAAAUUCCAUGUCAUUUGUUUUAAAACGAAGUGCUUCUUGGUUGAGCCAUGGAAGUGUAAACACUACCCAACUAUCUGACGUCCGUGUGCAGUCACCUUAUGAGGUCUCCAGUGAAAGUCUCGGUGAAACUGGAUCUGCGAUGAUCAAAAAUGUUCUCCGUUCUCCUGCUGCAUCCCUCUCUCCCGGGACAGGAUAGGUCAAAGAGAGUCGACCCUGACCCCUUUAGCUCAACUGGCAGCGUAACACAACCCCCCUGCUUGGCCUGACACGCUUCCCUUAAACACUACCAUCUGUGUUUCUCCCUCUACCCCCUCUCUCUCUCUCUCUCUCUCUCUCUCUCUCUCUGUGAUUCUUCUCCGCUGUACCUCUGCUUUCUGUCUUGUCCCGUGCUCAUGGAAAGCAGCCUGUUGUUUUUUGGGGUUUUUUUGGAAAACUUUCACAUGGAACUUAUUUCCCUGAAGCUGACUUCACACUAUGCCGGGAUUCUUGACCUGGACAUGCACUCUUUCAGUAAGUCUGACCCCUCAUAUGCCGUCCAAGGCACUUUAACUUCUCUCUUGGCCUAAUCGCUCUGUAGGCGUGUUUGCCUUCUUCCAGCUUUUUUUUUUUUUCCAGAGAGUUCAGAAUUUGUGGUUUUCUCGCAGCUCUCUCUCUCUCUUUUUCGCUCUACCCUUUGUGGGCUCUGGAGUCCAGGGCCUGCAGACUGCCCGCGAUUCUCGUUGAAGUCUGAGCCAGCGGUUUUCUCUCUGGGGCCAGCUCGCUCCCGAAAGCACCUCCUCCUCCUCCCAGAAGGCCAAAGGGAGCAGAGCGAGGACGAGCCAGCUCAUUCUCCUCGGUGCUCUCUCCGGCUCUGCGCUGGAAGAGGAGGAGGGGACGGCGUAUCGGAGCGAUGGACGUGAGGAAGGUGUGCACUCGGAGCGCGUGGCUGAGGAGGAAGAGGCCUCGGCCGUACGAGCGGACCAGGUUCUCCUCCUCCUCCUCUUCCCUGCUGCGGCGCUGGAUGUCUCGGUUGUGCUGCGCGUCUCGGGCCUGUUCCUCCAGCCUCAGCGCUUCGGAUCAGUCGCUCCUGCAACCGAGCUGCUGCACCAGGCCGAGAGGAGCUCAAGGGAUGGUGGGAGACGUUGGAGACAGCGGGACGAGGGAGUACCAGCAGGAAGAGUGGGAGCAAGCCGGAGAGGACCAGGAUGAGGACGUGGACGAGGACGACGACGCCAGUGACCACGAUGACCAUCACAAUAACGAUGAUACCGACGAUUAUGAAAAUGAAGACGAAGAUGAGGAAGAAGUCGAUGUGGAUGUGGAUGAGUGUGAAGCAAAAGAUGAAGAAGAAAGAGGAGAGGACAGUCAAGAUCUGGGUCCCCCUCCGUCAGUGGACGAGGCCGCUAACACCCUGAUGACGCGACUCGGGUUCUUGCUCGGGGACAAAAUGGCCGACGGGUCCGACAGAGCCGCGUACGGCUUCGAGGAACCGGAAGAAAGUCAGGCUGUGUCCAUGACCCAGAGAAUCAGUCCGUGUUCCAGCCUGGCAAGCAGCUCGGCGUCGCCCCCUCCUGGCAGCCCCUGCUCCACACUUCCCACCGGUGGUCCGGGCAGCGCCGGUGCUUACGGCUCCAUCACGAGCCCCACGUCCACGCUGGAGAGCAGAGACAGUGGCAUCAUCGCCACCCUGACUAGUUACUCGGAGAACGCGGAUCGGAGCGGGAAGCACAGCGACGGCUCACGCCUCAAACUGCGGCAGACGGGGAAAUCUUCCGGCGGCGACUCCUUCCUGUACCGCGUGGACGAGAACAUGGCCGCCUCCACGUACAGCCUCAACAAAAUCCCAGAGAGAAGUCUAGAGCACUCCGCCUCGCACUCCGCCCACUCCAUCCCCCUCUACCUCAUGCCCCGCCCGAACUCCGUGGCCGCUACGAGUUCUGCUCACCUGGAGGACUUGGCGUAUCUGGAUGAGCAGCGCCAGGCUCCGUUACGGACGUCCCUGCGAAUGCCGCGGCAGAACUCAGGCGCCGGACGAUCCGGGAAUGACCUAAGAGCCUGCACUAGCAUCCCAGCCUGGCAGUCUAACUCAUUGCGGUUCGCACCGUACCGCGCGCCGGACAUCGCCCUGAAGCCGCUGCUGUUCGAGGUGCCCAGUGUGACGCCUGAUUCCGUGUUCACGGGACGGGAGUGGCUAUUCCAGGAAGUGGACGCUCAGCUGCGUGGAGGUGACGCCAGCAGUCGGGGCGUGGUCAUCGUGGGCAACGUGGGUUUCGGCAAAACCGCCAUCAUCUCCCGCCUGGUGGCUCUGAGCUGCCACGGCAACCGCAUGAGACAGAUCGCCUCAGAGAGCCCGCACGCCUCGCCCAAACACGGAGACACGCUGCUCCUCAGUCAGCCCCAGUCAGCUCACGGGACGCUGGUAGGGGGCAGCAGUUGCCCCGGGACUCCUGAGAUGAGGCGACGGCAGGAGGAGGCGCUCAGGAGACUCGCCUCUCAGGUGGUGGCGUAUCACUACUGCCAGGCGGAUAACGCGUACACGUGUCUGGUGCCGGAGUUCGUACACAACAUCGCGGCGUUGCUGUGUCGAGCCCCUCAGCUGCAGGCAUACAGAGAGCUCCUGCUGCGACAGCCGCACCUACAGAGCCUCCUCAGCCUGCGCUCCUGCGUCCAGGAACCGAUCACGGCCUUCAGCCGCGGCCUGCUCGAACCGCUGCACGCGCUGCACAGGGAGCGUAAGGUGGCAUGCGACGAAGACCUGAUCGUCCUGAUCGACGGCCUGAACGAAGCCGAGUUCCACAAACCGGAUUACGGCGACACGAUCGUCUCCUUCCUGUGUAAAACCAUCGAGCGUUUCCCUCCGUGGCUUAAACUGGUGGUGACGGUCAGGACUUCGCUACAGGACGUCACUCGGCCGCUGCCGUUCCACCGGAUCUCUCUGGACCGUCUGGACGAGAGCGACGCCAUCGAUUCGGACCUGCAGGGUUACAUCCUGCACCGCCUGCACUCCAGCCAGGAGAUCCAAAACAACGUGGCGCUGAACGGGAAGCUGGACAACGCCGCCUUCGCCAAACUCAGCGCUCACCUGAAAGGCCUGAGCCGCGGCUCGUACCUGUACCUGAAGCUGACGCUCGACCUGAUCGAAAAGGGCUACCUGGUCCUAAAGAGCUCCAGCUAUAAGGUGGUGCCGGUGAGCCUGGCCGAGGUGUACCUGCUGCUGCUGAACAUGCGUUUCCCCACGCAGUCAUCGUUCGAGCGAGUGCUGCCGCUGCUCAACGUGGCCGUGGCGUCUCUGCACCCGCUGACGGACGAGCAGGCGUUGGGGGCGGUGAACGCGGGGGUCGUACGCGGCACGGCGCUCCACUGGGACGACUUCCAGCAGCGCGCCGAGCUCCUCGCACCCUUCCUCACAAAGAGGAGGGACGGCACGCGCAUGUUCGUCCACGCCUCUUUCAGAGAGUGGCUCAUCUGGAGAGAGGACGGAGAGAAGACCAAGUUCCUCUGUGACCCCAGGAGUGGUCACACACUGCUAGCCUUCUGGUUCUCGCGGCAGGACGGCAAACUGAAUCGUCAGCAAACCAUCGAGCUCGGCCACCACAUUCUCAAAGCACACAUCUUCAAGGGUCUGAGUAAGAGGGUCGGGGUUUCCUCGUCUGUGCUGCAGGGGCUGUGGGUGUCAUACAGUACAGAGGGUCUGUCUGCUGCUCUCGCAUCCCUGCGCAACCUCUACACCCCCAACAUCAAGGUCUCUCGUUUGCUCAUUCUGGGCGGAGCCAACGUGAACUAUCGUACGGAGGUGUUGAACAACGCUCCGGUUCUGUGUGCGUAUGCACACCUGGGUUAUGUGGAGAUGGUGAUGCUGUUGCUGGAGUUUGGCGCUGACGUUAACGGAGCAUCGGAGAGCGGCCUCACACCUCUGGGCUACGCAGCCGCCGCCGGUCACCUGACCAUCAUCACCACCCUCUGCUCAAAGAACGCACAGGUGGACCAUGUGGACAGGAACGGUCAGUGUCCCCUGGUGCACGCAGCUCUGAGAGGACACCUGGAGGUGGUGAAGUUCCUGCUGGAGUGUGAGUGGAACUCUGAGGUGGCGUUCAGCAAAACACACGCUGUACAGCAGGCUCUUAUAGCAGCCGCUAGCAUGGGUUAUACUGAGAUUGCUUCAUACUUGCUGGACCUUCCAGAGAAAGACGAGGAUGAGGAGGAGCGCCCUCACAUCAACAGCUUCGACACACUGUGGGGAGAAACAGCUCUGACUGCAGCAGCAGGCAGAGGGAAGUUGGAUGUGUGUAGGUUGUUGUUGGAGCAGGGAGCCGCCGUGUCUCAGCCUAACCGCCGUGGUAUCGUGCCGCUGUUCAGCGCCGUCCGUCAGGGCCACUGGCAGAUUGUGGAACUGCUUCAGAAUCACGGCGCCGAUGUGAACAUGGCAGAUAAACAGGGCCGCACUCCUCUGAUGGUGGCCGCGUCUGAGGGUCACCUGGCCACGGCAGAGUUCCUGCUGGAGCAGGGUGCUUCGUUGGCUCUGAUGGAUAAAGAGGGGCUCACGGCACUGAGCUGGGCGUGUCUGAAAGGCCACCUCCCAUUGGUCCGCACGUUGGUGGAGAGAGGAGCGGAGACGGCUCACGCCGACAAGAGCGGCCGUACGCCGCUGGACCUCGCCGCCUUCUACGGAGACUCGGAAGUGGUACAGUUCCUGGUGGAGCACGGCGCCAUGAUCGAGCAUGUGGACUACAGCGGCAUGAGGCCUCUGGACCGAGCCGUGGGCUGCAGGAACACAUCGGUGGUGGUGGCCCUGCUGAAGAAGGGUGCCAAGAUAGGUCCAGCAACGUGGGCCAUGGCCACCUCCAAGCCAGACAUCAUGAUAGUCCUCCUGAGCAAGCUGAUUGAGGAAGGAGAUGGAUUCUACAAGAAGGGAAAGGUGAAGGAGGCAGCCCAGCGCUAUCAGUACGCGCUGAAGAAGUUCCCUCGCGAAGGUUUCACAGAGGACCUGAAGAGUUUCCGUGAGCUUAAAGUCUCCCUGCUGCUCAACCUGUCCCGUUGCCGCCGCAAAAUGAACGACUUUGGCAUGGCGGAGGAGUUUGCCUCCAGAGCUCUAGAGUUGAAACCCAAAUCCUAUGAGGCCUUUUACGCACGAGCCCGCGCCAAACGCAGCAGCAGGCAGUUCCACGCAGCCCUGGAGGACCUGAGUGAAGCCAUACGCCUGUGUCCCAAUAACCGCGAGAUCCAGCGUCUGCUGCAGCGUGUGGAGGAGGAGUGUCGCCAAGUCGCUGAGCAACAGCAGCUGGAUCCGCCUCCUUCCCCUCCUCAUGAGCAAGCCCCGCCAAUGGCGCCGCAUCCUCCUCCGCUGGAGCCCCGCUUGUCUGACAUGGAGCCAGUGCAGGACCUGUUUGAAGAGGAGGAAGAUUACCUGGAGCAGGACUUGGAUGGUCUUCCACUAGCUGUGACUGCCGAGCCACGUUCCAGUCCUUCAGGUCUGCCUGUCAUUCAGAACAUGCCACCUUCCCCAAGCCAUUUGCCCUACCUUUCUGGAAGUGCAUCCAUGGGCCAGGCCUACGAUCUGCGACCCAGUCCUCCUUCCAUGUCCUCUCCGACCCGCCAGGGUUACCAGUCCACCUCUCCGUCGCUCUCUCCAACUCACCAGACCUCCCACUAUCGUCCAAGCCCCCCUCACACCUCCCCGGCCCAUCAAGCUUCCUCUUCUUCCUCCUCCUCAUCCUACCACUUCAGCCCCCCUCCCUCACCUUUACGUCGUGGAGCCUACACCUCCGAGAAUGCAGCCAUCUACAGACCACAGUCUGCCUCUGUCAGCACAAACCGCUAUCAACAAGAGGCGCUUUCCGGCAGGCCCAAAUCGCCGCUGGCUAAAAUGGGCAGCCAGCGCUCACUGCAGCAGCAAACCCAGUGGCUGCAGCCAGCCAAGGCCCAGAUCGUCCGCACAAAUCAGACCAGUGGCUCGGUCCACUCCAGCACUUACUCUCACGUGGCCCAGUCCAUGAGGGGACACGUUCCUGGGGAUGUUGACGAGCUUGGGGAGGUGGCCUACUCAAGCCCACUGCAAAUUCAGGGCAGUGUGUACAUAGAAGAUGAGCUCCCUCAGAGGCCCUCACAUGCAUACAGGCCCAGCAUCGCAGGCCCUCGUUAUGGUCACAUUCCACCGCAGAUCAGCCGCAGCCAGUCAGCUGCUUAUUAUCCUGUGCAGCCACAUGAAAUUGAGCGCCAGCCUCAGUUAUCAUCACCUGAGCACCCUCACGGUCUCCGGCGCCCACUAAGUGCCACUGGCCCUACACCACGGCCACUCAUCCACUCUCAGAGCACUGGCCUGCGCUUCUCACCCUCCAGCAGCAGUCUGGCAGCAGGAUCCACCUCUAACUUAGGUCCAGGCUUCCGGCCCUCGGCUUCAGCACAACAAAUGGAGAUCCCACUGAAGCUGGCGUACGAGGGCGGAUACAGCGAUGACCUGUCACCAGUUUCUCCACCACAAGGCACUGAUAUGCGACUUUUAGGGGGGACAUACCCAGGCGAGGCUAUGCGGGCACGCAGCACGCCCUUCAUGGGCAUCAUAGACAAGACAGCGCGGACUCAACAGUUUCUUCAGCAACCUUCGUCCUCUUCCUCUUCAUCGCGCACUUGGGCCGUGUCGUCUUUAGACACUGUGGUCUCCAGCCCUGCCACGUCACCUGGCAACAUGACCUAUGGGCACCUUGCCUACUACAAUCGCACCAACAACGCCCACAACGGACACCUAGUGGAGGACGACUACUAUCGGCCAGAUAACGCAGGCCGGGUGAGUCAGGGACCUACGUACCCAGACGUUAAGGUGGCGCGAACGCUGCCGGUCUCACAGGCCUAUCAGGACAGUGACUACAGACAGGUGGGACAUGGGGAGCGCCAAGGCCCUUCCUCUCCUAUCAAACCAAAGAGGCCCUUUGUUGAGUCCAAUGUUUGAGGCACACCUUGUAAAUAUGGACAAGGACUCAUGUGGUUUUCCCCCUCACUUUGAUGUAAUCCCAUCUUAAAACUGAAUAUAUGGACCUGAAUGAAGAUGUUGUAGAAAGCAUCUGCUUUGGGAUCAGGAUCCACGCAGGACGCUUCAGGAGCCACAAUUGGAGUGGGCCACCAUAACUGCUGUAUGCUAGCUAGAGAUGCGGCAAUACGGGAUAAUAGUAGGGAUGAUAGAUAAUACAGAUAGUCUGACCCCAUGUGAUUUUCAGAAAAGGGACAUUUCAUCAGUGGUCACCUUAGGCUUUGUUAUUUAGGCAGAGUAUUACAGAGCAUAAUGCGUCCAAUAUGCAGGACUUGUGCAAACACAUGUGGCGAUUUAACCCUAAAAUUGCAUCGGUAUAAAUUGCGAUUUGUAGGAAGUGGUGGAAGAGAGCUUUUCAACAGCCAGCAUUUACUCCUGACACACCAAGCUAUCCGUUGCCCUUAGUUUUUACUGCAUUUCACACACAGUUCGCGUUAGCCGACUGAUUAAAUGCCUCCGCAUACUUCAUGGGGAGACAACAUUUGGCUGGCUGCUACAAGAAAAUGUGGCGUAACUGCAAAGCAAACAAACAGCGCUCGUUGUGUCGUGCACAUGGCAGCUGGGCAAACUGCACGGACAAACACGCUACGCUCGCUACAAACGAGGCGUGGCCAAACUAAUUCCUCACGAGAUGGAUGAAUUUGAAGAGCAGCCAUCUUUGUACUGUAGUCAGAUAAAUCGCCACGAAAUUUUAAUAGCGCCCCCUGCAGUACUGGAAGUCUUGAAAAACGACAGAGACCGUGCGAGCUUGUAAGCAGGCUAUACGCAAACCUCCAAAUUAUGUACGCUGUGGUUUUAAGUGUUGAAUAAUGGUCGGCGAGCCGGAGAAAGCUGUUUGAUUGGCUGCUCAGCCGAGCAAAUUGUUAAAGGGAAAGAAAGAAUUUUUUUUUUUUUAAAUCUGCUCUACCCCCGUUUGCACCAAAGAAACAAAGCAAGAUCAUUUAACCAGGUUUAAGGCGAUGUCAAAAUGAUAGCUAGGCUAGUGUGUUAAGUUAAAUAAAAUUCAUACUCCUGGACUAAAUACUGUAGUAGGGCAUGACCGGUAUAUAUAUAGGUACUUAUUCUGGUACAACAUACGUGGAAUACCAGGCUUCAUCUUC